AUGGAGGUGGAUGCAGACGAGAAGCGCCAUCGCACACGCUCCAAAGGUGUUCGAGUUCCCGUGGAACCAGCCAUACAAGAGCUGUUCAGCUGUCCCACACCUGGCUGUGAUGGCAGUGGUCAUGUUAGUGGCAAAUAUGCAAGACACAGAAGUGUUUAUGGCUGUCCUUUGGCAAAAAAAAGAAAAACACAAGACAAGCAACCCCAAGAACCAGCCCCCAAAAGAAAACCCUUUGUGGUUAAAGCAGACAACUCUUCGGUAGAUGAGUGCUAUGAAACUGAUGGAACAGAGGAGAUGGAUGAAAAGGAAGAGGAAGAAGAGGAAGAGGAUGAAGAAGAGGAGGAAUAUUCUGAUGAUAAUGAGGAGCAAGGUGAUGAGGAGGAGGAUGAUGAGGAGAUAGAUCGAGAAGAAGAAGAGGAGAUUGAAGAGGAAGAAGAGGAGGAUGAAGAGGAAGGUGAAGAUGUAGAGGAUGAAGAGGAAGAGGAGGAGGAGGAGGAGGAGGAGGAAGAGGAGGAGGAGGAAGAACACCAUCAAAUGAAUUGUCACAAUACUCGAAUAAUGCAAGACACAGAAAAAGACGAUAACAAUAAUGAUGAGUAUGAUAAUUACGAUGAACUGGUGGCCAAGUCAUUGUUAAAUCUUGGCAAAAUUGCAGAGGAUGCAGCAUACAGAGCCAGGACAGAAUCAGAAAUGAACAGCAAUACAUCUAAUAGUCUGGAAGAUGAUAGUGACAAAAAUGAAAAUAUUGGUCGGAAAAGUGAGCUGAGUUUAGAUUUAGACAGUGAUGUUGUUAGGGAAACAGUGGACUCCCUUAAAUUAUUAGCACAAGGACAUGGUGUAGUGCUCUCAGAAAACAUUAAUGACAGAAAUUAUGCAGACAAUACUUCACAGCAAGAAAAUAGGAAUAUGAACUUUGUAAUGCUAGGGAAGCCUGUGAACAAUGGACUUACAGAAAAAAUGGUGGAGGAGAGUGAUGAAGAGGUGUGUCUCAGCAGUUUGGAGUGCUUAAGGAACCAGUGUUUUGAUCUGGCUAGGAAACUCAGUGAGACAAAUCCACAGGAAAGAAAUCAACAGCAAAACAUGAACACUCGUCAGCAUGUCAGGCAAGAAGAUGACUUCCAAGGAAGAACACCAGACCGGAAUUACUCUGAUAUGAUGAACCUAAUGAGGCUUGAAGAACAGUUGAGCCCCAGAUCUAGGACUUUUUCUAGCUGUGCAAAGGAGGAUGGUUGUCAUGAAAGAGACGAUGAUACCACCUCUAUUACUUCAGAUAGGUCUGAAGAAGUGUUUGAUAUGACAAAAGGUAACUUAACCCUGCUUGAGAAAGCAAUUGCUUUGGAAACUGAGAGAGCAAAAGCCAUGAGAGAAAAAAUGGCAGUGGAAGCUGGAAGGAGGGAUAAUAUGAGAUCAUUUGAGGAACAGUCUCCAAGACACCUUUCUGGAGAUGACAGGAAGCCUAAACCCAGUGACGGCCAUGUCAAAAAGCCAUAUUAUGGUAAAGAUCCCUCAAGAACAGAAAAGAAAGAGAGCAAAUGUCCUACCCCUGGGUGUGAUGGAACUGGCCAUGUAACGGGGCUUUACCCCCAUCACCGCAGUUUGUCAGGAUGCCCACACAAAGAUAGGGUCCCUCCAGAAAUUCUUGCCAUGCAUGAAAAUGUUCUUAAGUGUCCUACACCAGGCUGCACAGGCCGGGGCCACGUAAAUAGCAACAGGAAUUCCCACCGAAGCCUCUCUGGAUGUCCUAUUGCUGCAGCAGAGAAACUGGCUAAAGCUCAAGAGAAGCAUCAGAACUGUGAUGUGUCAAAAUCAAACCAGGCAUCAGAUCGGGUUUUAAGGCCCAUGUGCUUUGUUAAGCAAUUGGAGAUCCCUCAGUAUGGCUACAGAAACAAUGUCCCUACCACCACACCCCGCUCCAACUUGGCCAAGGAACUAGAGAAAUACUCUAAGACUACGUUUGAAUAUAACAGUUAUGACAACCAUGCCUAUGGCAAGAGAGCCAUAGCUCCCAAGGUGCAAUCCAGAGAUAUAUCCCCCAAAGGAUAUGAUGCUAAACGCUACUGUAAGAAUUCAAGUCCAACCAGCAGCACAACAAGCAGUUAUGCCCCUAGCAGCAGCAGCAAUAUGAGUUGUGGUGGAGGCAGCAGUGCCAGCAGUACCUGCAGCAAGAGCAGCUUUGACUAUACUCAUGACAUGGAGGCAGCGCACAUGGCUGCUACUGCUAUUCUGAAUCUCUCCACUCGCUGCAGGGAGAUGCCUCAGAACCUCUCCACUAAGCCUCAGGAUCUCUGUGCGAGGAAUCCUGAUAUGGAAGUCGAUGAAAAUGGGACGUUGGAUCUGAGCAUGAACAAACAGAGGCAGCGAGAUGGUUGCUGUACCAUUUUGACACCACUGGAGCCAAUGUCCCCGCAACGGCAAGCCGUGAUGAAUAACCGGUGUUACCAGCUGAACGAGGGUGACUGCUGGGACUUGCCAGUGGACUACACUAAAAUGAAGCCCAGUAGGAUAGAUGAAGAUGAUUCCAAAGAGAUUAAUCCGGAAGAUUUGGAUCCUUUCCAAGAGGCGCUUGAAGAAAGAAGGUAUCCUGGUGAAGUUACAAUCCCAAGUCCUAAACCCAAAUAUCCUCAAUGCAAAGAGAGCAAAAAGGAUUUAAUAACUUUAUCUGGCUGUCCCUUGGCUGACAAAAGCAUUCGAAGUAUGCUGGCCACAAGCUCACAAGAACUCAAGUGUCCCACCCCUGGAUGUGAUGGCUCUGGGCAUAUUACUGGAAAUUACGCUUCACAUCGAAGUCUUUCAGGCUGUCCACGGGCAAAGAAAAGCGGAAUCAGGAUAGCACAAAGCAAGGAAGACAAAGAAGACCAAGAGCCAAUUAGAUGUCCAGUUCCUGGUUGUGAUGGUCAGGGUCACAUAACUGGAAAAUAUGCAUCCCAUCGCAGUGCAUCAGGAUGUCCUCUAGCUGCCAAAAGGCAAAAGGAUGGGUACCUCAAUGGCUCACAGUUCUCUUGGAAGUCAGUGAAGACGGAAGGAAUGUCAUGUCCGACCCCAGGAUGUGAUGGCUCAGGACAUGUCAGUGGUAGUUUUCUUACUCAUCGUAGUUUAUCAGGAUGCCCCAGAGCUACUUCAGCAAUGAAGAAAGCAAAGCUGUCUGGAGAACAAAUGCUAACAAUAAAGCAGCGGGCCAGUAAUGGUAUAGAAAAUGAUGAAGAAAUUAAACAGUUAGAUGAAGAAAUCAAAGAACUAAAUGAAUCCAACUCCCAGAUGGAAGCAGAUAUGAUUAAACUCAGAACUCAGAUUACCACAAUGGAGAGCAACCUGAAGACGAUAGAAGAGGAGAACAAAGUAAUUGAACAGCAAAAUGAGUCUCUUCUUCACGAAUUGGCCAAUUUAAGCCAGUCUUUAAUUCAUAGUCUAGCUAAUAUCCAGCUGCCACAUAUGGAACCAAUCAAUGAACAAAAUUUUGAUGCUUACGUGACCACUUUGACGGACAUGUAUACAAAUCAAGAUCGUUAUCAGAGUCCAGAAAAUAAAGCCCUACUGGAAAAUAUAAAGCAGGCUGUGAGAGGAAUUCAGGUCUGA